GCCGCCGGUUUAACGGUGGGCGGUGCGUUUAUGUUGACGUCGUAAAAGUCGGUAAAAGGGAACGUUGUUGCGGAACAAUUAUACGCUUGUGAAGUCGGGACGCAUUUACGUGUUCAGGAUGCAUCACUCACACCAGAAAUCCUCCUCAGUUAUGUCUGCUCAUGGCUCCUCUUCAAUAGAGAAUUCUCCGCACCCCAAAUACAGCGGUUCCUCUCCUGAAGGCGGAGCACCUUACCUGACACCCUCCAGUGUCGCUUCCGAAGGGCCUGUGUCUCAGUUGGCAUCAGAACAAAGAGGCCUCGACGAGACACCGACAGUACUGGAUAUAGUCACCGAGACUGAUGAGUCCAUAUCCGACGAAGGAAGCGAUUUUGAGGAAACUUUGAGUAAAAGACCCCGGAGAGCAUCACCGGGAGAAACUGUGGCAGCUAAACGUCCCAGGAUUGCAGAGGAAACGGUGUGCGCCAAGGACUUGUUUGAGGCAAUUAGAAUGGGCAGGAGUGCCAUGCACGUACUGGUUGACGAUUGGUUGGAUAGUUACAAACAGGAUCGUGAGGCGGCUCUGUUAGAACUGAUCAAUUUCCUCAUGCUGGCGUGUGGCUGUAAUGGUGUGGUCACUCUGGAAAUGCUGGAAAACAUGCAGAAUUCUGACAUCAUUCGCAAGAUGACAAUGGAGUUUAACGAGGAAACCCCAGAUUACCCGUUGCUCUUAAGCACCAAGCCUUGGAAGAAAUUUCAUGCUAAUUUUGGGGAUUUCUUUAAAGUUCUGGUAAACAGAUGUCAGUACAACAUCAUAUAUGAUGAGCUUCUUAUGGACGCACUCAUCUCUCUGCUCACGGGGCUGUCGGAUUCUCAAGUCCGUGCAUUUCGCCAUACCAGCACAUUUGCAGCCGUGAAGCUAAUGAGCGGCCUGGUGAAGGUGGCAUGGGAUGUCAGUCAUCAUCUAAACACGACCAAGCGCCAGUUUGUUGUGGAACAUGCAAAGAGCCCAGAGACGAGAUCUCCAGAGAGACUGGAGGCCCUGUUGGCCAAGCAGAGAGGGCUUCAGGGGAAUCUGGAAGAGGUCGUGGAUAUGAUGAAUGGGAUUUUUAAAGGAGUUUUUGUGCAUCGUUACUGUGACACGUCUGCAGACAUCCGAGCCAUCUGUAUGGAAGAGAUCGGGGUUUGGAUGAGAACAUACAGCCAAUCAUUUCUGAGCGACAGCUGCCUCAAAUAUGUCGGAUGGACUCUCUAUGACAAGCAGGGGGCGGUGAGGCUGCAGUGCAUCCGGACAUUGCACAGUUUAUACAGUGUCCCAGAGAUGGCCCCAAAGCUGGAACUUUUCACUAGCAGAUUCAAGAACCGUAUGGUAUUCAUGGUGUUAGAUAAAGAGCAGCAGGUUGCUGUAGAGGCAAUUAAACUGAUUGGACUCAUUUCACAGAACAUGGAGGAUAUGCUGAGUAAGAAGGACUGUGACACUAUUUACCCCUUCGUGUUUGUAUCCAGUCGAGCAGUUUCAUCUGCAGCAGGGGCAUUUCUGUAUCAGAGGGUUCUAGCUCACACAGUAGCUGAAACAAGUCCCAAAGGCAGAAAUCGGCUCGGAAAUGUAUCCUUCUUUCGACUGCUGAUGUCAUUCUUCAUAAAGAGUAAGCUCCCUGAACAUGCUGCGUAUCUGGUAGACAGUUUGUGGGAAUGCGCUGGGGCCCCCCUGCAAGACUGGGUGUGCCAGACUGAUCUGCUGCUGCUGGAAGAGGAGGGCUUGGAUGACACGGAUGAAAGUGCUCUGAUAGAAAUCUUAGUGGCGUCUAUGAGACAGGCAGUCGAGGGGACGUCUCCUGUGGGUAGAGUGCCCGCUAGAAGGGCUUUUGCAUUAAAGGACAGGAAGGCUGAAGACAAAAGCCGAUUGACCCGUCAUAUGAUUCUUGCACUUCCCCCUCUCUUGGCGAAGUUUUCAGCUGAUAGCAAGAAGGUGAGAACUCUUCUGAAGAUCACUUCCUUUAUGGAGCUGGAGAUUUACUGUACAGACAGAAUGGAAAAGUUUCUAGAUACACUGUUGGCUGAGGUUCAGGAGAUCUUGGAGAAGCAUACAGAGGAAGAUGUUUUAGAGUCCUGCUCUCGGGCUCUGUACAUCUUGUGUGACCGCAAGCAGGCCUUGUACCAGCGCGCAGACAUUGCACGCAGCACCUUAAUGGACCGGCUCACUGGCCGCUUUUUGCAGCAGGUUCCGGAAAUCAUGCAGGAGACUGAGCCAGAUGAAGAUGCCGUUUAUAAUAUCGCUGCAACAAUGAAAAGGAUAUCACCAUUGUACAGUGGCCAUGAUCUGUCUCACUGGGAGCUGUUUGGUCCAUGCAGCCAAAUACUGCUCAAGGGGAUGGACACUGGAGAGGUUCCAGAACAGAUAGUAAUGGCUGCUCUUACCUGCUGCCACUUCUCUCUCUUGUGGGAGCUUUUCCAUAUCUCCAACUCCAAAGGCCCACAGAAUCAGAUUUCCCCUCUGAAGCAGAAGCUCAGGCAGUUUUGUGACAUUUGCCAAGGCUGUCUCUCUGAUCUCAACGCUGCCAUCAGGAAGCAGGCAUUUGUCCUCCUCAGUGAUUUGCUGGUUAUAUUUGGCAGUCCCAUAGCCCAGGAGCAGAGAUUUUACCUGCAGCCUCUUGCGUAUCGUCCUAGUCUGUCUCUGCAGGCUGAGCUGGCUGGAUUUCUGUUGGAUAAUGUAUUCACUGACCCUGAAGAAGAGAAUGAGGCCCGACGCACUGAAACGCUACACGAGAGAAGAAACCUGCUGGCCGGUUACUGCAAACUGAUCCUGUAUAGUUCCCUGCAGCUGCAUUCUGCCAGCGAUAUCUUUAGGCAUUAUGUCAAGUUUAACGCCAGUUACGGGGAUCUCAUUAAGGAGACGCUGCACAAGUGCCGAAGCAUCAGCAGAGAGGAGACCACCAAGACUGUGCUGCUCAGUCUCACUCAGGCCUUUACAGAGCUGUGCCAAGAGGGCGACUCCCCACCCCAGCGCUCCUCUCGCCCCUUCCUAGAAAUUCGAGGCUUGGCCAGGAGACUUGCUUUGCUCUAUGGACCGGAUCAGAGGAGAUAUCGCCAGGAUAUUGUUUUGCUGCACAAAGAGGGCAUCAAAUACUGUCUGCGGGAGAAUAAAACAUCUGAUUGGAGCCCUCAGAACCUGCUCUUCCUGGAUGUGCUGAGUGAAUUCUCCCACAAAACCAUCAAGGAGGACAAGAAGGCACUCCUGAGAUAUUUAGAAGAGACCACUGAGCGGUGCCUGCCUUCCCAACCAGUGAAAGACAAUGAGAUUUGGGCCCCUUUCCUGGCGUACAGGAAGUCCCUGUGUGCAGACGAAGAGUCCCCUCCCAGUACCGAAAGCGAUGUGUCGCCGCGCAGGGUGGGAACAAAGAGGAGCACUCCGAGGCCUGAAGUCCCUCCCCAAAGCAAGAGGAGGAGAGGGAGCAUAGGCACACUUGAUAUUUCCAGCCUGAUGAUAGAGGAGGGGAAACCUCGACUGCCCUUAAUGACUUCCACCCAGCUAAAAGAACAAAAAACCCGCACCCUCCAGGAGGAAGAAAGAUCGGAGACAGACUAUGAGCCCAGCCAACUCAGUUUCCCGCGCAUCCAGAGGACGCCAAGCUCCAGGCCCUGCCCACAGGCUAGGACUCCAGCAACAGUGAUCAGCAGGCUGAGCUUAAUGGAGGAGGAGGAGGAAGACGAAUACGUGAUACAAGAGGAUGAGAGCAGCGAGGGUUCAGCAGAGUACAAGCCAGAUCUGUUUGAUUCUGCACUAUAUGAGGAGGUAAGGAAGGUUUAUAUAUAUAUUAUAUAUAGCUAUAUAGCGCAUAUAUUCUCAUCUGUCUGUAUACACGUAAUAGUCACAUUCAUAUGCACAGUCCUAUCUAUAUGAAUUACACUGAUCUCUGUUAUACAGGAGGGCGUUUAACUUACAGCCGAUAUCCCAGAGCGAAGCCAAACUUCGGGAUUACUUUGUGUUAGCGACCCAAGCGCAGUUGUUUCCUAUUCAGUUAGCCAUUAAUUAAACGUUUGUUUAUUCUGCAAAA